GUGAAUUAAGAAAGCUCACCAUUAAACUCUUCAUAGCCCCUCAAAAAAAAAAAAAAAAAACUCUUCAUAGACGAGUCUCCUCCUUCGCUCCAUUAUAUUUCUCCUCCCACCACCACUUCUCUAGUCAAACAUACAUCACACAAACAUACCAACCAACCCCCAAAAAGAUUCUUAAAAAAAAAAAAAACACCAAAAAAAAUGGCAUCUGCUACAUCUGCAAAAUCUUCAUCAAUCAUCACAUCUCUUAACAAAUCCCAAAAAAACCCAAAAAUCACAUCCCCCAAUAACCUCUUUUUCCUCAAAACCAAAUCACCUCGUCCUCUACCCAAAAAAAACCUUGCCAUAACAAACAAUGCCUUAUCAUCCCCCGUAUUGACAACCAGGGAGACGUAUGCCCCCAAGGAAGUCAACAAUGGGGCUAGUUCGCUUCGAACCCGCCCCUCAAUCUUGGUCUCCGAAAAACUCGGAGAAGCAGGACUUGCGGUAUUAAGGCAGUUUGCAGAUGUAGAAUGUCUCUAUGAUCUCUCACCCGACGAGCUUUGCGAGAAGAUUGUGCAGUUUGACGCGCUGAUCGUAAGGAGCGGGACUAAGGUUAACCGCGCGGUGUUUGAGGCUGCGAAAGGACAGCUGAAAGUGGUUGGGCGUGCUGGUGUUGGAAUUGAUAACGUGGAUCUGCAAGCGGCUACGGAGUUUGGUAGCCUUGUUGUGAAUGCACCAACGGCUAAUACUAUUGCUGCUGCUGAGCAUGGGAUUGCGUUGCUUACGUCUAUGGCUAGAAAUGUUGCACAGGCUGAUGCUUCCAUGAAAGCUGGGAAAUGGCUAAGGAGCAAGUACGUAGGUGUGUCUUUGGUGGGGAAGACUUUGGCUGUGAUGGGAUUUGGGAAAGUGGGAUCAGAAGUUGCAAGACGAGCAAAAGGGCUUGGCAUGCACGUCAUUGCCCAUGAUCCUUAUGCUCCAGCAGACAGAGCACGUGCAGUUGGUGUUGAGUUGGUUUCCUUCGACCACGCCAUCUCCACAGCUGACUUCAUCUCUAUUCAUAUGCCUCUCACUCAGACAACUAAGAAGGUCUUCAAUGACACCACAUUUUCUAAGAUGAAGAAAGGUGUGCGCAUUGUAAAUGUUGCUAGAGGUGGCGUCAUUGAUGAAGAUGCUUUGGUUAGAGCUCUUGAUAAUGGUGUAGUUGCUCAGGCAGCCCUGGAUGUGUUCACAGAGGAACCCCCAGCAAAGGAGAGUAAAUUGGUGCAGCAUGAAAAUGUGACCGUCACACCUCAUCUUGGAGCCAGCACCAAAGAAGCUCAGGAAGGAGUGGCUAUUGAAAUAGCAGAAGCUGUUACUGGAGCACUGAGAGGGGAACUCUCUGCAACUGCAGUGAACGCACCAAUGGUUUCUGCUGAGGUUUUAUCCGAACUAGCUCCUUAUGUCCACUUAGCUGAGAAGCUAGGCAGACUAGCAGUACAGUUAGUGGCAGGAGGAAGUGGGAUUCAGACAAUCAAAGUAUCUUACAGAUCAGCAAGAGGCCAAGAUGACCUUGAUACCAGACUACUCAGAGCAAUGAUCACCAAAGGUAUCAUUGAGCCAAUCUCUGACAUGCACAUCAACCUUGUGAACGCAGACUUUACUGCCAAGCAAAAGGGUCUUCGUAUAACUGAGGAACGGGUUUCUGUGGACUCAUCCCCUGAGAAUCCAAUUGACUCUAUCCAAGUCCAAAUCCCAAAUGUCGAAUCCAAAUUUGAGAGUACCAUGUCAGAAAAAGGAGAUAUAACCAUUGAAGGAAAAGUGAAGGAUGGAAUUCCCCAUUUAACUCGUGUUGGGUCAUUCGGGGUGGAUGUAAGUCUCGAAGGGAACAUUAUACUUUGCAGGCAAGUGGAUCAACCAGGCAUGAUAGGAAAAGUAGGGAACAUUCUUGCAGACCAUAAUGUGAAUGUGAAUUUUAUGAGCGUUGGGAGAACAAGCAAGAAGCAGAAGGCUAUAAUGGCAAUAGGUGUAGACGAACAACCUGAAGAGGAUGCCCUCACAAAGAUUGGUCAAGUUCCGGCAGUUGAAGAGUUUGUGUUCCUCAACCUCUAGGUAGCGUAUAGGAGAGAAGAUUAUAGAAUAAAGGCUGGCUUCUAGCAUUCAGGAAGAUUGGUCACCCUUCUUCGCAAUAUAGCCAAGGAUUUCAAAUCUCCCCGUAUUUAUCUGUGUUGGUAUCAAUAUUUCAGGACUAGUGCUCUCCACUGGGCUUAUCAUAAGUUUUAGUAAAAUCCAGAAAAAAAAGGGAGGGGAAAAAGGAACAGAAGAAUUCUGUGUGUGUAAGUGUGUUAAGUCGUUGUUAUAUGUGCUCAAGUGGAUACUAGCUUCGAAGAUUACAUAAACAUUAGUGUCCUUAUUUUAUUAUAGUUCAAAUUUUAAAUGA